UCAGUGUUCCUUUUGGUUCCGGUAUUGUGAUAGUAAACAUGGCGGCAGAAGGAGAUGUGGAUUUGGACCUAGAAGCCGAAGAGAAUUGUACUGGAAAGCCAGCAGAAAAACCUCGUAAACAUGACAGCGGAGCUGCCGACCUAGAGCGUGUCACCGAUUAUGCGGAGGAGAAGGAGAUAUCCAGCUCCGACUUGGAAACCGCUAUGUCGGUGAUCGGUGACAGGAGAUCAAGAGAACAGAAAGCAAAGCAAGAGCGAGAAAAGGAGCUUGCAAAAGUCACUAUCAAGAAGGAAGAUGUGGAGCUCAUAAUGGGGGAGAUGGAGAUCCCGCGGGGGCUGGCGGAGCGAAGCCUGCGAGAGCACAUGGGCAACGUGGUGGAGGCUCUGAUUGCCCUCACGGACUGAUGGACGGUGGUGGACGGCUUUGCUGUGCAAACUUCGCUCUUUCGGACAUCCGCAUUUUCUUGUCCACCUCUGUAAUUUAAUACACAUAAUGCAUUUUGUUUGGAAGGCUUUGUCCACUAUUAAGAAUUUUCCAUAAACACAAUGUUGCAUAAUUUUUAUAUGAUUUUUUGGAAACCACAUUAAAGUUUGGUUUGAAAUUUCUGUA